AGCGUUGGAAGUCACGGUCAGAAGAUCGGGUUGGAGAAAGUGGGCGAAAGGAAUGAACUUUGAAUGGACGAUGAGGAUGACAAUCAUAAGGACAGCAAUAAUAGAUACAUGUUUUUUUUUCUUGCUUGAACUUUUCUUUUUUUUUACUUCUCUUGCAUGUAUUUCUUUUUUUUGAAUUCGAUUUCAUUUAGCAUUGUAGUUUUUUUUUUGAUUUUUUGAUUUGUAUUCAUACUCAUCAAUUUUGUUUUGGAAUUUGCUAUUUUUUUAUUUUUUUGAGUUGGUUUUGAUUAGAUCUUGAUGAGAUGUGGUUUCGUUCUUUUUUGUGGAAACCAAUGUCUUCGUUUCUUCAAAAAGAAAUUGUCUUUUAUCUUUUAUUAACAGCAAGGUCUUAUCAAUAUCAGUAUCUUAUCAACAUCAACAUCUUAUCAACAGAACAUUUUAUCAACAACAUUUUAUCAACAAGAACAUCUUAUCAACAACAACAUCUUAUCAACAACAACAUCUUAUCAACCCAACAUCUUAUCAACAAGAACAACAACAUCAAUGAUUUUUUUUUCUAGAACAGAAAGAUUUAUAGAUUUUUUUGUUUCUUAAAUGAUUUUCUUAUGGACCACAGACUUCUUGAUUUUUUGAACAAAAAAAACAAAACUGAUAAAACAAAUGAAAAAAAAGAAAUUAAAGAAAACUUGAUGAAAUCUUUUGAAGUGAAAUUAGUUGAAUUCUAUUUGUG